UCACAGGGGAAAAUGAAAGACGAACAGAAUUGUGACCCUGGAUCACAAAACCAGUCUUAAGUAGCACGGGAAUAUUUUUAGUAAAAGACAAAAAUACAUUGUAGGGGGCAAAAUUAUAGUAAUUAUAUAUUUUUCUUUUAUGUAAAAAAUCAUUAGGAUAUUAAUUAAAGAUCAUGUUUCGUGAAGAUAUUUUGUGAUUUCCUACCUUAAAUAUAUAAAAACUUUAUUUUUGUGAGUGGAUGGCCUACAGCGCCUCUGAACAACUCCAAAGGCAAUUGUCUUAAUAUUUAGAUUUUGCACUCUCAGAAUCCUGAGUUUUAAACAGUUGUAUAGACAGAUAUUGUCCUAUUCUAACAACUCGUACAUCAAUAGAAAUCUUAUUUAUUCAUAUUUCAGAUUAUGUAAAAAACGAAUUUCUUCUGAUUGUGCAUCCAGGGUCACAAUUGUUGAGUUGGUGGAUGUAAACCCUUAACCAAAGCAAACUGUAUUUAAGAAGCAACGGAUAUUUGCUAAUUCAUUUUACUGUUGUUUGUUGAAUGAUUUUAAUUCAUUAGAAAUAUAUUAAAUAUGACGAAAACAAGGUCUUGAGAAUGGGCGGAACUCUUUAUAAAGAGCAACAAUUCCUGGCGGAGGUGUUUCACUGUAGCGCACUCGUGUCCCGAUGGAGUGGUUGUCAUAGGAACGAGGAAAGCAGAUCUUGGGAUUACAAAAAUCCAAUGUCCUUCUAACACCCACCGUCCAGUUUAUAGUGUUUACAAUAUCAAUCUUAACAUCAUCAUGUCCUCCGUUGCCCAGGAAAUGAAAGACACUUCUGUGGCUUGCUCCAAAUGGCUCGAUGCACACUAUGAUCCAGUCGCUAAUCUAUACACCUUCACCUCUUGCAUUGCUCUUUCAGACUUGCAUGGAGAUGGUGACAAUAAGCUGGUGGUGGGCGAUCUUGGCACAGGGGUUUGUAACAUGAAGUUAAAGGUGUACCGUGGCACUGGUCUGUUGAGUGAGAGCACGCUGCUGGAUUUACCCACUGGCCUGGUCUCCUUUCUUAUGGACCUCCAUGAACCCCGGACCCCGGCCAUAGCUGUGGCGUCUGGCCCCUUCAUCUAUGUCUAUAAGAACUUGAGGCCAUACUUCAAGUUCACACUUCCUGGUCUGGAGGUGAACCCUCUGGAGCAGGAUGUCUGGAGUCAGGCUAAGGAGGAAAUGAUUGACCCAAUGACCCUUAAGGAGAUGUUGGAAGGAAUAAGGGACAAAGCAGAAAUUCCACUCUCCGUCAGAUCACUACGGUACCUCAUGCUUGAUCCGCAGGAAAUGGAGGCGUUUGUUCAUCUUCACAAAGACCAGCCUAUACGUCGCCAGACGGUCAUCACCUGUAUAGGGACGUUGAAGAAGAACAUGGCAGAUGAUGAUGCAGUCAGCUGUCUGGUGAUUGGCACAGAGAAUAGUGAUAUUUAUAUAUUGGAUCCAGAGGCCUUUACCAUUCUCUGUAAGAUGUCUCUGCCCAGUACUCCCACCUUCAUGGAUGUGACUGGUCAGUUUGAUGUGGAGUUCCGUAUCACUGUGGCCUGUCGCAAUGGCAACAUCUACAUACUGCGCAGGGACUCACCAAAGCCGAAAUACUGCAUUGAGCUGUCUUCUCAUCCAGUGGGGCUGGUGAGAAUAGGAAGGAAUGUAGUGGUAGGAUGUACUCAUGAGACGCUGCAUGGUUACACUCAAAAGGGGAAAAAACUGUGGACUGCCUAUUUGCCUGCAGCGGUUACCACCAUGGCACUUAUGGACUUGCCCGCACGGGCGUUUCAGGCCGUACUGGUGGCUCUGGCCAACUGUGAAGUACACAUGUACAGAGAUAAAAAUCUGGUCUGCACCAUCAAGACACCGGAUGUUGUGACAAGCAUUUGUUUUGGGCGUUAUGGAAGAGAAGAUGGCACUCUGCUAAUGACCACCAAAGGUGGAGGUCUGAUUGUGAAAAUCUUAAAGAGGACAGCUGUGUUUGAUGACAAAGACUCGGCCCCAGGCCCACCAAUUGCCCAGAGCAUCCGUCUGAAUGUGCCCAAGAAAACCAAGCUCUAUGUGGACCAGACCCUGAGAGAGCGAGAAAAUGCUGUUGCCAUGCACAGAGCUUUCCAGAUGGACCUGAGCCGGCUGCGUCUAGCUACGGCAAGGGCGUACGUGAAAGCCCUCGAGUCCAGCCUCACACCUGUUUCGGAAAGCCCGACCGAGCCGCUCAAAAUGAACGCUGUGGUUCAAGGGCUGGGUCCAUCCUUUAAACUCACUCUGAACAUUCAGAACACAGCAGCGUGCCGUCCCGUCAUGAACAUAGCCAUCAGCUUUCUGUAUGAUGAAAAUUUGUACAGCAUGAAAACAGCUUUCUUCAAGAUUCCCCUGCUGGUUCCAGGGCUGAAUUACCCCAUUGACACUUUUGUCGAAUGCUUGAGUGACAAAGGGAUCUCGGACGUCAUCAAGGUGUUUGUGCUGAGAGAAGGAAGAAGUGCUCCUCUCCUCACUGCUCAUAUCAACAUGCCUGUGAGUGAGGGAUUUGCACUGAACUAAAAGAGAGAGAGAACUCUAGUUGAGCUUCACAGGCUCUUCAACUCUUGCUGUGCACCUAGCAGUGUUUAGAGGUGAGACAGAACUACCCAAACCGGAAGAGCCUUUGAUAAUGGGGAAGUCAAGAGAAGCUUGUGCUGGCCGCAGAGCCAGUGUCCUGCCUGUAGUCUAGACCAGGACUGAAGGGGGUAUGUCCUCACAGAUGAGUACCUUUUAAUGGGUUAGUGACUGGAGCUUUUGAUCGAGCGUUUAAAGUCCAAGCACGUCACUGUAGGUCACAUAGUUUGAAGUGUGUAGGCCAUGUAAUGGUGUUUAUUUAAGCCACUUUGUGGUGUACUCGUGUAUAUUUGUAUGUAAUAGCACAUUUAUUGUGAGUUAUGACCAUACCCAAUAUUUAUGAUGAUUCAAU